AUGGAAAUCCUAAUGACGGUCUCCAAACUCGCCUCCAUCUGUACCAUGGGCGCCAAUGCCUCGGCAUUAGAGAAAGAGAUUGGUCCAGAACAGUUUCCGGUCAAUGAGCACUAUUUCGGAUUAGUAAAUUUUGGGAAUACCUGCUACUGCAAUUCAGUUCUUCAGGCACUUUACUUCUGUCGUCCGUUUCGGGAAAAAGUUCUCGCGUACAAGAGUCAGCCCCGGAAGAAGGAGAGCCUUCUCACGUGCUUAGCAGACCUCUUCCACAGCAUCGCCACCCAGAAGAAGAAGGUUGGAGUCAUACCUCCUAAGAAGUUCAUAACGAGACUGCGGAAAGAAAAUGAGCUCUUUGACAACUACAUGCAGCAAGAUGCCCACGAAUUCCUAAAUUACCUACUAAAUACCAUUGCUGAUAUUUUACAAGAAGAGAGAAAGCAGGAGAAACAAAAUGGUCGUUUGCCUAAUGGUAACAUUGACAGUGAAAAUAACAGCACACCAGACCCAACAUGGGUUCAUGAGAUCUUUCAGGGAACACUGACUAAUGAAACCAGAUGUCUUACUUGUGAAACCAUAAGCAGCAAAGAUGAAGAUUUUUUAGACCUUUCUGUUGACGUGGAACAAAACACAUCAAUUACUCACUGCUUAAGGGGUUUUAGCAACACAGAAACUCUAUGCAGUGAAUACAAAUAUUACUGUGAAGAAUGUCGCAGCAAACAGGAAGCACACAAACGGAUGAAAGUGAAAAAGCUGCCCAUGAUUCUAGCUCUGCAUCUGAAAAGAUUUAAGUAUAUGGAUCAACUUCAUCGAUACACAAAACUUUCUUACCGGGUGGUUUUUCCUUUAGAACUUCGUCUGUUUAACACUUCAGGCGAUGCGACCAAUCCUGACAGAAUGUACGACCUCGUGGCCGUCGUGGUUCACUGUGGAAGUGGUCCUAAUCGAGGCCAUUAUAUUGCAAUAGUUAAGAGUCAUGAUUUUUGGUUGUUGUUUGAUGACGACAUUGUAGAAAAAAUAGAUGCACAAGCUAUUGAAGAAUUCUACGGGUUAACAUCAGAUAUCUCGAAGAACUCUGAGUCUGGCUACAUCCUUUUCUAUCAGUCCCGGGACUGA